GUUCAGUUCUGCAAAUAGUGUAUAUCUCUCCUCAGCCUUGAAUAUCAAGGUCUUGAAGAUGUCUGAACUGGAAGGUAAUAAGGUCUCCUUGCAUGUGUAUGAUCUAAGUCAAGGAUUGGCUCGUCAACUUUCCACAAAAUUUUUGGGGAAAUCUAUUGAGGCAGUAUGGCAUACUGGAAUAGUCGUGUAUGGUAACGAGUACUACUUUGGAGUAGGAAUACAACAUUCUCCAACUGGAACUACUCCAUAUGGAGGUCCAGUUAAAGUAAUAGACCUUGGCAUCACACAUAUUCCCAAGGAUGGUUUUGAGACAUAUUUGCAGGAGAUUAACCCCAAGUAUACAAAAGAAACCUAUAGUUUGCUCUCUCACAAUUGCAACAAUUUCAGCAAUGAAGUUGCUCAGUUUUUGGUUGGUGCAGAAAUUCCAGAUUACAUACUGAAUCUUCCUAAACAAGUUAUGAGCAGUCCCAUGAGUCUUCUUAUGAUGCCUAUGAUUAAGCAACUUGAAGCUACACUGAGAUCAGGUGUUGUUCCUCAGUUUCCUCAGUUCAAAUCUUUUACAGUUUCUUCUUCUCCCCUGCCAACUGCCACUACCAUGGUUGUGCCUGAACCAUCUGAUGUACACACUAUAAGCUCGGAAGAAAGCCAUUCUUCGAAAACAAAAGCACAUGAAAAUGUUUCAUCGACAAAUAUUAAUAAAUCAGUCGCGGCAGAGAGGAAGUUGGCUGUACGAAAAAAAGUUAAAGAGGAAAUAACUGCUGAGUUUACCACUAUCAUGGCGACUGGAAGAUUACGCGCGAGUGAAGCCGUGGCUCUGGCAACAAGAAGGGUCAUGCAGAGGAAUGACCAUGCAAACCUUGCACAUGGUUAGACACAAUAUUCUAAUGGUCUGUUGAUCUUUGCUUCAUCUCUUAUUAAAUGUGUGUUAUCAUAUAAAAUAUUCUAUUCCUGGUUAUCAUUUUUUAGUCGUGGUGAGAUUGAUCCAUGUUUGUUUACCACUUCUGAAGUUGAUAUAGUGUUGUUCUAGGGACAUGCUUUGUUGUUUAUUGAGGUCCACUCUUUCUGGAAAUAUAUUGGGUCCUUUUUUAUUGUGUUUUUGA